AUGUAUCCCUUUUGCUUUUCAGUGUCUUCUCAGAAACAACCGGCCUUGAAGGUUACAAGUGACGAGAAAGAUUCUGUUUCAAAUAUAGCCACAGAAAUAAAGGAUGGACAACAAUCUGGGACAGUGUCUUCUCAGAAACAACCAACCUUGAAGGCUACAAGUGACAAGGAAGAUUCUGUUUCGAAUAUAGCCACCAAAAUAAAGGAUGCACAAAUAUCUGGGACAGUGUCUUCUCAGAAACCACUGGCCUGGAAGGCUACAAGUGACAGGAAAGAUUCUCUUCUGAAUAUAGCCACAGAAAUAAAGGAUGGACAACAAUCUGGGACAGAGUAUCCCGAGAAUCUGCCCACCUUGAAGGCUACAAUUGAAAAUAAAGAUUCUGUUCUGAAUACAGCCACCAAAAUGAAGGGUGUACAAACAUCCACACCAGAGCAAGACUUAGGAAUGGCAUCAGAGGGAAAGCAAAAGAGGCUUGAAGACUAUGAAAAUAACCAGCCACGGGUGAAAAACCAAAUACAUUCUAGGGAUGACCUUGAUGACAUAAUUCAGUCAUCUCAAAUAGCCUCAGAGGAUGACUCGCUUUGCUCCAAUUGUAAGAAGGUUAUAUUACUCAUUGAUCAACAUGAAAUGAAGUGUAAAGAUUGUAUUCAUCUAUCAAAAAUUAAAAAUACAUUUUGUUUUUGUAAAAGAUCAAUAAAACUUAAAGAUAAUCACUGUGAGCGACGUAUAGUAAAAAUUCAAAAAAUGAAAAAUAAGGUUAGUGUACUACGGAAGAGACUAUCUGAAAAAGAAGAAAUAAAAUCGUGCUUAGAGCAUGAAAAACUUGAAUGCAAACAAGAACUCUGUAGUGUGAGAUUUGCCAUACUGCAAGAAAAAGAGAAACGAAGAAAUGUUGAAGAGUUGCACCAAAAAGUUCGGGAAAAGUUAAGAACAACAGAAGAGCAAUAUAGGAUAGAAGCUGAUGUGACAGAAGUUAAACUGGCUCUCAAAUCACUGGAGAUGGAAUUGAAGAGUGUAGGAAAGAAUUCAAAUCAGAUUUCUGACACUGAUAAAAAAGAAGAAGACCUGCUGCAUGAAAACCACUUGAUGGAAGAUGAAAUUGCCACGCUCAGACUGGAAAUAGACACAAUAAAAAACCAAAACCUGGAAAAGAAAUACUUAAAAGACUUUGAAAUUAUGAAAAGAAAGCAUGAAGACCUUCAAGAGACUCUAAAACGGAAUGGGGAAACAUUAGCAAAAACGAUAGCUGAUUAUAGUGUACAGCUUACUGCUCUGACAGAUGAGAACGCAACGCUCCGUUCCAAACUGGAGAAGGAAACACAGAGCAGGCAAAGACUGGAAACAGAAACGGAAUCAUACCAUUGUAGACUGAAUGCUGCUCUAUCUGAUCAUGAUCAAAGUCACUCAUUAGAAAGAGACCAAGAGCUUGGUUUCCAGGGCACAGUAGAUAAAUGGUGUCAUUUACAGGAAAAUUCGAAUUCUUGUGUUCUGACUCUUUCUCAGCAACUUUCUAAAGCUGAGAGUAAGUUCAGAGUCCUUGAAACUGAGCUCCAUUACACAAGAGAGGCUCUGAAAGAAAAGUCUUUGGUUUUUGAACAUGUACAAAGAGAACUAAACCAAAAACAGUGUCAAAUGAAGGACAUUGAAAAAAUGUACAAAAAUGAAUAUGAUAAAAUGGAAAAAUGCAUAGAAAAGCAGGAAAGAUUUUGUCAACUACAAAAACAAACUAUGUUAAUUCAACAGCAACUGGAUGAUGCUCGCAACAAAGCUGACAAUCAAGAAAAAGCAAUACUUACUAUUCAAGCCAGAUGUGAUGCUAGAGUACAAAACUUUCAAGCUGAGUGCAGAAAGCACCGUCUUUUAUUACAAGAAGACAAUAAGAGGUUGGUCAAGGAAUUGAAUCAUUUGAAAGAAAAAGAACGCCAAAAUGAAAAAGAGAAAGCAGAAAGAGAAGUAGUUGUGAGACAACUUCAGCAGAAACGAAAUGAUGUCUUAAACAAACAAUCAUCAACAAAAGCUUUGCUGGAUGCUUCAUCGCGUCACUGCGUCCAUUUAGAAAAUGAGAUCCAGGAUUCAAGGAAGAUAUUAGACCAGAUAAGAAGUCGAUUUCCAGAAAUACAGGAUCAACUUACAGCGACUAUAAGAUGUACUAAGGAGAUGGAAGGCCAUGUACACAAGUAAAAUUUGAAGCAGCACACAAAAUAACUUGAGUAUAAAGCAAAAGAGCACUGUAGUAUGAAAAUUGUAUCAGUUAUGAUAAUAAGUAUGUCUUUGUGAAGCCAAAGAAGUUUCAUUUGUAAGCUAUGUUGAAAUACAUCAUUUUUCUAUAUUA